AUGGCUUUGUUGGUGAAUCAUUAUAGUGUGUUAGGCCUAGCAUCUGCUGCAGGCCCUAACCUGACAGAUGAAGAAAUCUCCAAGGCUUUUAAGAGGAUGGCGUUGAAGUUACAUCCUGAUAAGAACCCUCGUAAUCCCAAUGCCCAUUCCAAUUUCCAGAGACUCCUUACCUCCUAUAAUAUUCUGAAGAAUCCGAUUUCCCGCAAAGAGUUUGAUCAUCUUCUUCAAGUUCAGCAUCAGCGUCAGAAUCAGGCUCGGAGCUGUCAUCAUCAGACUUGCAACAAGCGACAGAGAGAGGAGCAGCAGCAGUCUUCCAUGAAGCGUCAGAGACACCCCAUGGGACCACGCAUGCCGUCUGAGCCACCAAAGAAGCCUGCUUUCACAAUGACAGAGUUCUUUAUGGAAUUUGAUCGCAUUCGUAAAUUAGUUGCUGAAGGUGGCGUUCACAAAGUGGCGGUUAAUGAAGGGUUGGUUCUGAGGACUCACCCUGUUUCUGUUCGAAUAGGAAUCUGA